GCAGAAGGAGAAGGAGUAUCCCUACACGUUUGAACGCCGCUCCCGCGAACAGUUGGACAGCGCAACCCAUACGUAGGAGAUGUGGCUUGUCCGUGUGACGUACUGGCACUUUUGGAAGAGAGGAUAUUCUUGACAUUCAUUUUUGCUCGACAGGUAAAGGCUGGAUUUGUUGUAGAUUGGUCCGCACCUUUGUUUACACAGCCGUACUGAGUUGUGCCUCCCCUCGUUUCGAUUAUCCUCGCACGCACUCAAGAGAAAGAGAGGAUGAUGAGGAGAAGGGAGUCUGCUUCUUGUUCCAACUUUCGUGUUGAGAACCCCUGAGGAGGAGUGGAAGUGGCUCGACGGCAGCGACUGCUAUGCAGCCACUUUGGCGAUGCGUCGGUCCUUCGACGAGGAAUUCUCAGCGCUCGCGGAGGGCAUGUUUGCCAGGCGCCCGGAAGACUUCCCGCCGGGCGCCUUCACGUUUGAGAACUUCAUGUGGGGCGCUGCCAUCGUGUCUUCGCGCGCGUACGGUGACGACGAGGACGGCUCGUUCUUGGCGGUGCCUCCCUUGGUGGACUUCCUGAACCAUCAGGCUGGGGCACUGCAGCUGACCCGAUUCGGCAACGGCAUCGUUGCAUACGCGCACAAGCAUUACGACAAGGGAGAAGAGGCCUUCAUAAACUACGGGGGGAAGGCGAACGCACAGCUCCUGUCCCAGUAUGGCUUCUUGAUCGAUGGCAACGCCGACGAGGCGGUAUUCCUCCGCCUCGGGGAGCACCUGCUCAUAGAGGAGCCCCUCGCCGACCAGAAGAGGGGACUCCUCGAGCAGCUCUUCGGCGACGGCGUGGACGCGGACACGGCCAUCCUGAAGCUCGCGCGGCGGCCGCGGGAGUGGCUGGGGCUACUCCUGCCCGUCGUCCGGGCGCUCGCACUGACCGCGGAGGACGAGGUCCCCGAGAACGCUUGGGACCUGCAGGCGCCUCAGCAGGCGAGACUCGAGGUGGCCGCCUGGUCUGUCUUGGAGACGGCCAUCCUGCGGCGCGUGGAGGAGUACCCGGCGUCUUUGGAGGACGCCAAGGCGAGGCUGGCCGAGGGCUGGCCCAGCGGGGGCAUCUCGGAGAGGAACUCCCUGGGCCUGCGCCUCCAGAUCUCGGAGCAGGAGCUUCUGGCUGAAGCAUUGGUGCAGGUCGCGGAGAGGAAGGAGGAGGCGCUCGCGAUGGGCUGAGGGGCAUUACAAGCCUUACUGAGCCAAGGCCGUUCCCACAUGCCAUUUUGGCUGUAUUUCCUUUCAGAGGACCUAGGUUACGAGGUGGUGAGGAACUGUUCGAGUCAUCGUUCCAUAAUGAGCGAAUGAGCGCGAAAGGUUUUGCAACUUGCAUGAAAGUUGGCAUCAUGUGGUUCGUGCUUUAAAAACUUAUCACA